AUGGAAAGCACAGCCGUCUCGCUCAUACUGUACACUGUCACAACAAACGCAUGAAGACAGACUACAUGUGCCUUUAAUGAGUGAGACUUCGCAGAGAUCAGCAUUCAGUGAAUCCACAAGUGGACUGCCUCUGGAAAAGAUUAUCCAGCCGAGCCAGACACGAACACAUCUGAAAAUCAGCUGAGAGGAUUAAGGUGAAGCGUGUCAAGAUGGAGGAUGUGCAGGAGGUACGAUACUGCCUGAAGACGCUGAGAGAGCAAAUGGCAGCCAGACAUAACAAUAAUAACGAUGAGCAGUUCCCAACCAACGGCCACAAAAUCGACAGUAUCAUCAGUAAAGGUCACGGCACCAAUGGUUUUGUGAAUGGAACGCUCUUCAAAUAUCAGGAAGGUGAAGACAACUGCUUUGCCCUGAAAGAGGCCAUCAAACAUCUGUGCGCUCGUCUGCAGGAGAUGGAACAAAGACAUCAGAAAGAGAAAACCAGAUUGGAGGCAGAAAACAGUGCAUUACAGCGGCAUUGUUUGGAAGAGCAUAACCAUCGCGUGCAAAAGGCCGAAACGAGAGCAGAAGAACAGAGCCGAAGGAUAGAAGUGAUGCAGAAGCACACGAGUGCCUUGGAGCUGGAAAACCUCAAGUUACGGGAAAAGUUGGCUGCUAGUGAAAUAAAAAAUCAGGAGGGAAUAAAAAACAGGUGUGCGCAGCUGGAGGAGGAGCUGAUGACUGUAAAGAAGAAAAACCAUAACUUAAAUGACAUGGUCCAAAGUAUACAGAAGAAAAUCAGACACAUGAUUGAACAGGUGCAAAAUUCACGAACCAUUAUGGAACAGCGAGACAGAGAGGUCAGAGACCUUAUGGAGAAAGUGUCGUUUCUUGAAGCUGAGAACAGAGAGAUGCAUGAUCGGAUGGAGUAUCUUAACAAUCAAGUGCCUUAUGACUCAGACACAGGAUCCAAGGUUGUCUACAGCAAACCUCUGAUACCAACAAGCCCAAGAAACAAGUCUUUCCCCUUCAUUAAAGUCAUUGAGAUCAAGUCUUAAAUCAAACAAACUGAUGGAAGAGGGCAGCAGUGAGCGGGAAACACCCUUGUGAAAGAAGCAACAAAUACGUGCAUUUAAAAACAUCCUUUUAUUGAGCACAUAUACAAGUAGCAUUUUAGCUUUCUAAUGUAUAUAAUAAUCUGUAUAUAGAACUGUUCUAUAUUUUACUUGAAUGCAUUAAAUAUGCAUUAUGUUAUGUAUAUUAGCUUUGUAAAUUAUUUUCAGGCCAGCUGUAAUUUUUUUAUGUUGCAUCUGAUUUGUAACGAAUACUGGUGAAAUUCAGUAAAGUUCAUGUUUCUUCAAGAUCUGAUAAUAUUUCUGUUCAACAUGAUGAUAUAACUAAACCUUUGACUGAUCCAGUAGGUUUUUUUUUGACUGACAGUUAAUUUCAUUAGUGCGAUAAAGCUGGAAUCAAGUUAUCUAUCUCAGACAUUAUAUUUAAGACCAACUUUAACUAUUUUCAGUGCUGUUUUUCAGAUUUGUAUAUUUGUUAUAACUUGCAAAGCUGUUUUUUUCCUCUUGGCAACUGUAUUUGUAUUGUAUUAACACUUGUGGUGUUGUGAAGAACUACUGUAACUGUUACUGUAAUGAGUGCAGGACUUUACCAUCUCUUAAUAAAUGUGAAAAAAUGUAUUCUUGUAGAUGGAAUUGUAGCACUUUCUGAAUGUAUCUUAAGAUAAUUCCUAAUAAAAAAGUAUUUAAGCUCACAAUGCAUGUAAGACAAUGUUACUUUAUAAAAUAUUUUAUAAAAUU